AUGAAAUUGAAUUAUUUGCUGCUGGGACUCUUCAUGUCUCUUAUCGAAACCAUCGGUAAUUUCAAAGAUAUGAGCAAAGAGAAUCAGAAAAUCUAAUUGCAGAUGAGUAACAAACAACAUCAAAUUAAGAGAGUCAAAAAAAUAAUAGAUGACCAAGAACAAUGGUUUGAGGAAUUCUUUGAAUAUUACGAAGAAGUUAUCUAUGAGUAUGAUGAGUAAGAUCCAGAUGAACUCAGUCUUGGAUCGUAGAUGGAUUUAGAACAUUUAAUUGAGAACUACGAUAUACCUGAGGAUUGUUACGAGGAAAAUGUGAGUAUCUAUGAAUAUUACGAUGCCAGCGAGGAAACUCAGAAAGUUGAUACGAAUAAAAAACCUAAUCAGAAGACUGAAAAUGAAAAUAACUUCUAAGUUUUUAAUUUAGGAGAAGAAGAAUUUAUUACUUUGGUAGACGAUCAUCAAGAAAUUUUGGACGAAGACAUCUUAACUAUGAAAAAACCAAUUGAAAAUGAGGGUCAUUAAAAACAUUCCAAGAAGGAGAGUCAUCAUAAUAAAAAAUCAAGUAAUAAAAAAAAAAUUAAGAUCAAAAAUAAGAAGAAGAAUGUUAAAAAAUAAAAAAAGAAGUAGAAGUGA